CUGGACCAUGUGACCUGACGAGACCCUGUCCCCAGGACCACUUCAGCUUCUUCAUCCGGAGCGGAGCCGCCAACGUCCUGGCGCCGAAGAUCUGCCUCAAUAACAAGCUGGUGCUGGGGACAUUCUUAAACAACGCAGGACCCGGAAUAAACGUUGUUAUACUGAACGGUAAAACGGGAGACGUGGUGAAGACGGCUCACUUUGACAUGUACAGCGGGGAAGUGCAGCCGCUCAUCGAGCUGCUGCGGCGCGUCGAGGCGGGCUCCGUGGUCCUGAUGGCGUCCUACGACGAACCCUCGUCAAACCUGGAUGACGAGGCGAGGACCCUGAUUGCUGACCUGGGUUCUGAGUCUGUGAAGUCUCUCGGCUUCAGAGAUAACUGGGUGUUUGUGGGGGGGAAGGGCUCGGUGCACCGCGGCUUCGAGAAGUACCUGAAGAACGACAACACAAACAAUAAAUACGAGAACUGGCCCGAGCUCAUCGAGCUUCAGGGAUGCAUCCCCAGAUUCCUGGAGUGACCCCCCCCCCAUCUUAAAGGGACAGGUCAACCCUUCUCACCAGCUGCUGGAGGAACGGUUGUCAUGGUUACUGUAAAAAGACGAGGCGUUGUAAAGUGAUCUCUGGACCAAGCAGACGCACACCUGAAGUCUGUUUUGUGUGUGUCUGUGUGUGCGCGCGUGACGCUGUGGACCGUUGGGUGCUGGGGGACAGACGCUGUGGACCGCUGGGUGCUGGGGGACAGACGCUGUGGACCGCUGGGUGCUG